CCGCGGCGGCAGCCACAGACAGAUCGCCGAGCCCAGCAGCGGAGGAGCCACUGGUCCCCUCAGCGCUGGAGAAGCCUAGCGCAGCCAUGCCCCAGGCCGCCUGCGGGGCAGCGGCAGCAGCAGCAGGGGCAGCGGCAGUGGUGGUGGUGGCGGCGGCUGGAGCCGGGGGAGCCCGGCGAGGCCAGGGCUCUAGGUCCGCUGCUCGGGCGGGACGAUGAAGCGGCAGAACGUGCGCACGCUGGCGCUGAUCGUCUGCACCUUCACCUACCUGCUGGUGGGCGCCGCUGUGUUCGACGCGCUCGAGUCGGAGCCCGAAACCACGGACCGGCAGCGGCUGGAGCGAAAGCAGCUGGAGCUCCGGGCGCGCUACAACCUCAGUCAGGGCGGCUACGAGGAGCUGGAACGCGUGGUCCUGUUGCUCAAGCCACACAAGGCCGGUGUGCAGUGGCGCUUCGCGGGCUCCUUCUACUUCGCCAUCACCGUCAUCACCACCAUCGGCUAUGGUCACGCAGCCCCCAGCACGGAUGGUGGGAAGGUGUUUUGUAUGUUCUACGCCCUGCUGGGCAUCCCCCUCACGCUAGUUAUGUUCCAGAGCCUGGGUGAACGCAUCAACACCUUUGUGAAGUAUUUGCUGCACAGAGCCAAGAAGGGGCUGGGGAUGCGGCGGUCGGAUGUCUCCAUGGCCAACAUGGUCAUCAUUGGCUUCUUCUCCUGCAUCAGUACCUUAUGUAUCGGAGCAGCUGCCUUCUCCUACUAUGAGCACUGGACUUUCUUCCAGGCCUAUUAUUACUGCUUCAUCACCCUGACCACCAUUGGUUUUGGGGACUAUGUGGCCCUGCAGAAGGACCAGGCUCUGCAGACUCAGCCCCAGUACGUGGCCUUCAGUUUCGUGUACAUCCUCACGGGGCUGACAGUCAUUGGAGCCUUCCUCAACCUUGUGGUCCUACGCUUCAUGACGAUGAACGCGGAGGAUGAGAAGCGGGACGCCGAGCACCGGGCCCUACUGACCCGCAACGGGCAGGCAGGAGGCAGCAUCCACACCACAGACACUGCAUCCUCCACCAUCGCCGGGAGCGGAGGUUUCCGCAAUGUCUAUGCUGAGGUGCUUCAUUUCCAGUCCAUGUGCUCCUGCCUGUGGUACAAGAGUCGGGAGAAGCUACAAUAUUCCAUCCCCAUGAUCAUCCCCCGGGACCUGUCCACUUCUGACACCUGUGUGGAGCAGAGCCAGUCAUCCCCCGGGGGUGGCCGCUAUGUCGACACUCCUUCUCACCGCUGCCUCUGCACGGCCCAGCGCUCGGCCAUCAGUUCUGUCUCCACUGGUCUGCACAGCCUGUCCACAUUCCGUGGCCUCAUGAAACGCCGCAGCUCAGUGUGACUGGGGGCUGGUUGUGGGUCAGGCUAAGGAGCCAACCCACUCACACAGGCCUUGAAAGUGGGGAGGGAGGGUAAGGGAGCAGUAGGAAAAGAUGGACCCACAAAGGUUUGCUUCAAAUCAUCUAUUAAAGAAAUAAGCUCCAUGUCUCUAUGUGGGCAAAGAGGCCAUAGGAUCUAUGUACCCACAGUCUGGGUGGAUCGGCAGGCAUUGGCCCAGAGGUUUGCUCACCCACCAUUAGUCAGUGUUGGAGUAGGGGGCAUCUAGGCUUCUCCUAAGAUCUCCAACUGUGACUGCCCCACCAGCCUGCCCAGGGCCUAGGGCCUAUGCCUAGGGGCUUCUUGCAUCCGAGACCUUUCUGUACUCUCUCCAUGCUCUGAAAAAUUCCAAGAAAUGUGAAAAUUGGUGGGGGAUGGGAACCAGAAGGGGUCCAAAGAGGAAACCUUUGAUAGCUUUGGAAAUUUGAGGAGCUGUGGGCCUGGUCCUUGAGGCUCAGCUGUUCUCAGAGGCCCAUCCACCUACCCCUCCCUCACUACCACCCUCCUGGAAUGGGACUUCUCUGUGUUAAGUGUUUGUUUGCAUCUCUAUUUAUACCUCUCAGCAUUAAUGUCCUACAGUUGUCCUAUCUGUGAAGUCCUUCCUUGCCUCCUUGUCUUGGGCCAGUGACUUUUUGCCGCACCCCUCAGACUCUCCAGUUUGCCCAGCUCCCCUGUCACCUCUGUCCUGCUCUGAGUUACACCUCACAAUCUCCCCACCCCAGGCCUUGUUUUAUAUUGUUUUUGCAUGGCUUUGCAAAGAAGGAACAUACAGCAGAGAGGAGGCAGAAAAGAGAGUAAUCGAAGGGAAUGUCUUCCAGUGCUUAUGUCUGAGACCCAAGCUGAGGUUUUUGAGUGAAAAACUCAGUCCCAUUUCUCACAGUGCAAUGGGUUAGUGUGUUUCCUUGGAGGUGGGAAUGGGUAGUGAUCCCCAUUUCAAUACCUUCUCAAAACCCAUACACUGCCUGUCCCUUGCUAACUCAGCCAACCAUUUCUCCUGAAUCUCUUUGCUCACUCUCCUAUAUGUACCUCCUAUAUCCCCAUGUCACCAAUUCUGGAGCAAAAACCCAAAGAUGUGAUUCAGUUUCGGGGCCCUGGGACCUGACCACUGCUAUCCUUUGAAGAGCAGGCAGCUACUGGCCAGUCAGCAAGGCUCCUGAGGCCCUUCCCCAGGUCCGAGCAGCACCUCUGUAGGCACGGGACCUUUGGAACAUCCACAUGUGAAGCUGAUAGUGGUGGGGGAGCCCUCAGUGAGGGGACCUUAGUGUCUUCCAACUAUUCUAGAGGCAGAGCUGCUGAUCUACAAUCAAGGAAACAGGGGAAAGGGGAAAGCAGAGAACAACAGAAACAGGAGAGUGGAGUCCGCCUAGGACCUCUUUCCCUGGGACUGAGCUACUUCCCACACUAAUUCCUGAUCAAAUCAAUGUAGCCGAAAAGGCUGUAGCAGCUUCUGAGCAGGGACAUGGGACCAAGCCAGGAGAUAUCUUGAUUCCAGGAAUCAGAGAUCUGGGACCAUGGGAGGGAUAGCAGUGGAAACCUGAGAAGGAGGCAGAUUCAUCAUUCAGUCGAUUGUAGCCUUUGUGUGGCAGGCAAAGUUUGGCUCUGCCUUUGCCCAGGUGGACACAUCUGCUCCCUCAGGUACAGAAUAGAUGCCCGUCUGUCCAGUGACAGGGGAGGAAAAAUUGUUCAAGCUCAACAGAGAGAAGAGCUGCCAAACAGGGAGGGGGUGUGCACCUCCCCAGCAUGGCUGGCCUCCCUGCUGCCUCCAGAUACUGCAGGCUUUUUCCGACGUAGUCAUCCCAAUCAGUACCUUACCUUAGAAUAGAACGAAUCUCAGCAAAUGACAGCAGAGCUAUGUGGUGACUCAGGGCACCAGCAGGUAGGAGGAGACAGAGAUGGAGCAGUCUGCUGGUACCAGCAAUGACCCAAGGCACUCACAUCCAAGCGGUAUGUAAGCACAUGACUGCUGCUGACCCUCCCCCCUCCCCAGGGCAGUUGGGAUAAAUCUGGCUCCUGCCUGGCAGUGAAGCUUUGUUCUUCCCUUUCUUCUGCAGACACCCUCAGCAUGAGUGCUCCCCUUCUGCAUCUUUUUCUCCCUUUUGAUUGUGCGGUAGCCUCUCUCUCCACCACCUCUCUCUCCACCACUACUCCUAAUGUUGCAGCUCUUGACUCCAACGAUCAAGGCCUCCAGUCUGGGUGUAUUGUCACCAACAUUGACCUCUAGAUAAAAAUUAGGCAGGAUUUGCCCCAGGCUGCACAUCUAGUACGGAUGGCCAUGGUCAGAGGCUGAGGAUUUAUUUCUUUCAAGUUUUUGACCAUAUAUGUUGGAAGAGGCUACUGGUCUGCUUACAACAGCAGCCUGCACCAGAGCCCCAGGGAAAGGAAAAGAGGCAAAAAUGAGACCACAGCCCCCUGCCUCAACAGUCUAGUACCAACAGGUGCCUCCAGAUGUGGAGGGGGGCAGGAAGAAAGCAUUAGUCAGGAAGUUGGAGGUGGUCCACAUGAGCCCCUCAGGUCCUUGCUUAGGAGAAAGGUAAAGCUUUUGUCCCGUUCCUCAGUGCAAAGGAUCAAUCUCUCUGUGUGUAGUGACUGUUACCAGGCUGGCUAUCCACAUGCCUGUAGGAGACACAAGAAUAAAUGGUGAGGAAAGGAUUGGGUGUCUGAGGGCUACACAGGGAGAUACCCUUCCCUCCUGAGUACUCCUGCCUCUCCCUUUGUCUCAUCUAUAAGACUGGCUGUGUCUAUCCUGGGCAUAGUACAUUCUGUGAGAUGCCCUGUCCCACAGGUCCUUGAAAGCUGCCACUACUUCCCAGCAGCACAGCAGACGUGUGGAGCACCCCGCUUUUCCGCUAGGGAGGACCAGAUACGUAGGACCGGCAAAUUCAGGGAAAUGAUGGGACAAGAAAAACAGAUGAGAAGGGGAGCAACUGCAGAAUGCCAAGGGUCCUCAACCAGGAAUGAAAGAGACAUGGAUAAGUGAUGGUGCCUCUCUCCUAUCCCCCUGCCCCCUUUACCUCCCCCUCCUCAAACUUCUCUCUUUUUGCAGGUAGCCUCUCUGCUUCCCUGAUGCCUUAUCCCUAGGCACACUGCCAAUUAAAUAUGCAAUACAUAUAGGAAAAUCCCCCCAUUCUCACCCUUAGUCCCCUUCCCAGCCUCUGAAACCACUGACCUCCCGAAGGCUGGAGACUCAUAGAGGCAUCCCCUCAACUCUCCCUACCUAUCCAUCUUCACACUAAGAAUGGCAACCAAUAAAUUCUGUACGUUCAGACCAGG